AGGCAGCUUGGAGGGGAAAAGAGAACAGAAGAGCUACAAAGCAGUUUUGGAAAAUCCCAUGCUCAGAUUCUCGGGGUUGUACCAAGAGACUUGUUCUGACCUGUAUGUCACCUGCCAGGUCUUUGCAGAAGGAAAGCCUCUCGCUCUUCCUGUCCGGACGUCUUACAAAGCUUUCAGCACCAGGUGGAACUGGAAUGAAUGGUUAAAACUACCGGUUAAAUACCCCGAUUUGCCCCGGAAUGCUCAGGUGGCCUUGACAAUAUGGGAUGUCUAUGGACCUGGCAAAGCAGUGCCUGUUGGUGGAACAACAGUCUCUCUUUUUGGGAAAUACGGGAUGUUCCGGCAAGGGAUGCAUGAUCUGAAAGUAUGGCCCAAUGUGGAAGCAGAUGGUUCUGAGCCUACUAAGACUCCUGGGAAAACAAGCAGUACAUUUUCAGAAGACCAGAUGAGUCGAUUAGCUAAGCUCACCAAAUCUCACAGGCAGGGGCACAUGGUCAAAGUCGAUUGGCUGGACAGAUUGACCUUUCGAGAAAUUGAAAUGAUCAAUGAGAGCGAGAAGCGGAGUUCUAAUUUUAUGUAUUUGAUGAUUGAAUUCCGUUGUGCCAAAUGCGAUGACAAAGAAUACGGGAUCGUGUAUUAUGAGAAGGAUGGUGAUGAGGCAUCUCCAAUUUUCACAAGCUCAGAGAUUGUUAAGGUUCCAGAUCCCCAGAUGUCUAUGGAAAACUUGGUGGAAAGUAAACAUCACAAGCUGGCAAGGAGUUUGAGAAGUGGCCCUUCCGAUCGCGAUCUUAAACCCAAUGCUGCCACCCGCGAUCAGCUUAAUAUUAUUGUGAGUUACCCGCCUACAAAGCAGUUAACGUAUGAAGAACAGGAUCUGGUGUGGAAGUUUCGAUACUACCUUACCCAUCAGGAAAAGGCAUUGACCAAAUUCUUGAAAUGUGUCAACUGGCAUCUUCCUCAAGAGGCAAAGCAAGCUCUGGAGCUGUUGGGCAAAUGGAAGCCAAUGGAUGUAGAGGACUCCCUGGAGCUUCUGUCCUCACAGUUCACCAAUCCAACGGUGCGCCGCUAUGCUGUGGCCAGGUUGCAGCAGGCCGAUGACGAGGAUCUACUGAUGUACCUGCUGCAGCUUGUCCAGGCUCUGAAAUAUGAAAAUUUUGAUGACAUCAAGAGUGGGUUAGAGCCCACAAAGAAGGAGACUCAAGGACCAAUGUCAGAAAAUAUGACCACAUCUGGAACGAACGCUUCUGAAAUAGACAGCUCGCAGAUCAUCACGAGUCCUCUGCCCCUCAUUUCUUCCCCACUGCCAACAGCAAAAGUGAAAGAAUCGGUUGACAAUGAAAAUCUUGAGCAAGACCUUUGCACAUUCUUAAUAUCACGAGCAUGCAAGAAUUCCACACUGGCAAAUUAUCUGUACUGGUACGUGAUUGUCGAGUGCGAAGACCGAGACACACAGCAGAGGGACCCCAGGACUCAUGAAAUGUACCUGAAUGUCAUGCGUAGGUUUAGUCAAGCCCUCUUAAAGGGCGAUAAGUCUGUCCGGGUGAUGCGUUCCUUGUUGGCCGCCCAACAGACCUUUGUAGAUCGGUUGGUCCACCUAAUGAAAGCAGUGCAGCGUGAAAGUGGGAAUCGGAAAAAAAAAAAUGAGAGAUUACAGGCUCUUCUGGCAGACAACGAGAAGAUGAACUUAUCGGAUAUUGAGCCUAUUCCUCUGCCUCUCGAACCCCAAGUGAAAAUUAGAGGAAUAAUCCCCGAGAAAGCGACUCUGUUCAAGAGCGCCCUCAUGCCGGCUCAGCUGUUCUUCAGGACCGAAGAUGGAGAUAAAUACCCUGUAAUAUUCAAGCAUGGGGAUGACUUACGUCAAGAUCAACUCAUCCUCCAGAUCAUUUCGCUGAUGGACAAGCUCUUACGCAAGGAGAACCUGGAUUUGAAGCUGACUCCCUACAAAGUCUUGGCUACAAGUACAAAACACGGUUUCAUGCAGUUCAUCCAGUCGGUACCGGUGGCAGAGGUUCUCGCUACUGAAGAAAGCAUCCAGAACUUCUUCCGGAAACACGCACCGAGCGAAACCGGGCCCCAUGGAAUAAGUGCAGAAGUUAUGGACACGUAUGUGAAAAGCUGUGCUGGAUAUUGUGUGAUCACAUAUAUACUUGGAGUUGGAGACAGACAUCUAGAUAAUCUUUUGCUCACCAAGACAGGUAAAGAAUUUGCUUUUUUUCUAUUGUGGCAUCUUCACC